GGCGACCAUUUCCGUUUCCAGUCCCGGAGCAGUGUAGUAAACUGUCGAGUGUUGACAACCCUGGCCAUGGAAUCGAAUCUUCUUCGAAGAAUCGCGACGCAAAGUACGAUUGCGAGCAGAUUCUACUACACGAGUAGGACCAGGAAACCCAGUCUCUACAAUAAAAUCAGUCCGCUUGGGAGCCCCAGCAGCAGCGUGGUACCUGAGCUCGAGGACUGGGUAUAUAAGGGGAACAAGAUAAGAGUCGCCGAGCUUCAGCGCAUCGUUCGAGAUCUUCGCAAGCGCAGGAGGUUCACCCAAGCCCUAGAGGUAUCUGAGUGGAUGAAUAAGAAUGGUGUAUGCAUAUUUUCACCUACUGAACAUGCUGUGCAUUUGGAUCUGAUGGGCAAAGUUCAUGGAUAUCCUUCUGCUGAAGGCUAUUUUAAUAGCUUGAAGGAAGAAGAUAAAAAUAAUAAGACAUAUGGUGCUCUCUUAAAUUGCUACACACGGCAGCACCAAACUGAGAAGGCCCUCUCCCAUCUUCAGAAAAUGAAGGAGUUGGGCCUCGCUUCAUCACCUCUAAGUUACAAUGAUAUCAUGUGUCUAUACACCAACACCGGUCAGGUUGAGAAGGUCCCUGAUGUGCUGAUCGAGAUGAAAAAGAACAAAGUUUUGCCUGACAAUUUCUCCUACAGAAUCUGUAUCAAUGCUUUUGGAGUGAGGUCUGAUGUUGAUGGAAUUGAAAGAACACUAAAAGAGAUGGAAAACCAAUCUCACAUUGUCAUGGACUGGAAUACUUACACUGUUGUGGCUGAUUACUAUAUAAAAGCAGGACUUACGAGUAAGGCAGUUGAUGCCCUAAAGAAAGCAGAGGAGAGGCUAGAUAAGAAGGAUGGUCUUGGUUACAAUUUUCUGAUCUCUCUUUAUGCUCGUCUUGGAGACAAGACUGAGGUCAUCAGAUUAUGGGAACGGGAGAGGAGUGAUUGCAAGAGGUGCUUAAACAGAGAUUUCACAACCAUGUUAGAAUCUCUGGCAAGGCUUGGUGAGCUGGAUGAAGCUGAGAAAUUAUUGAAGGACUGGGAGUCCUCUGGCAAUUGUUAUGAUCCUCGCAUCCCAGAUGUUGUCAUCACUGGAUACUUGAAAAAAGGUUUGCACGAGAAAGCGGAAAUCAUGCUGAAAAGCUUACAAAAGAGGGGGAAGGCGACCAGGUCAAACAGCUGGACUGAAGUGGCAGGUGGAUACCUUCGUAAGGGUGAGAUGGAGAAAGCAUUUGAUUGCUUUAAAGCAGCCCUCCAGGCAGAAAAUAAAGAAUGGAAGCCAAAUCCCAGGGUGUACUCGGGGAUAAUUAGCUGGGUUGGUGAUAACGGAAGUGUUGAAGAAGUAGAAGCUUUGGUGGGCUCAUUAAGAAAUUUUGUCCCGGUAAACAGACGAAUGUACCACGCCCUCAUCAAGGCUUAUGUAAGACAUGGAAAAGAAGUAGAUGGACUGUUAGAUCGUAUGAAGGAAGAUAACAUCGAUGAAGAUGAAAAAACAAAAGAAAUUCUUGAUAUGAGAAAGCCGUAGACUUCAAAACCUACCUCAAUUCUCCAAUUGCAUUAAUCUCUUGCAAACCACCAUUGGUGGAUUCAAUUUGCCUUCGAAUUUCAAACAAUGUUAUUUCAAAGUAUCAUAUUCUCCAAUUAACAGUGACCUAGUUCUGGUCCUUGACUGGGUUACAGUUUCUUUCUUCACCAUGAUUCUGCGCUAUUGGAGAUUUUCUAUAUGCAUCAAUGCAUUCUCUGUAUCCAGCUCUUUAUUGAAAGUUGAACUCACAAAACUUUGAAUUAGUAAACGGGAGAGGAGAAUAACGUGCUUAUCCUCUUUAAUUUAUUGGGUUUUAGGAGGGAAGUUAUGAUCUGAUAAGCUUGGAUUAUGGAUAUUGUCAUAUUCAUUGGAUCAUUUGUAAGUCAGUUAUCUAAAUGCAGUAAAGUGUGUCUCGUUAUCAGGAGCCGACUUAUUACCUUUUCCGUUGAAUGUGAAAAGUUUAAAGAUAUAACCAUGUGUUUUGAACGACCGUCACUUCUCCCCGGUAAGAUGGAGAGAACUGAGGAGGGAGGAGAAGGAGCAAAGAGAGCGGUAAAUAACUGGGAAGUUCACUGAAUGCAGAAGUGCCGGGGGGAUUGGCUAUCAAACUUCCUCUUUGAUGGUACGUAUAUCUUUUAUAUUUUCAUAAGUUUAACUCCCGAAAACCCGAGAACAAGAGGUGAGGCUGUUUUCUGGAAUUUGCCUAAUUGCUACGAAUUUCUGUUUAUGUUGUAACCCUUUGAUCCAAGUUUAUCUUGUAACCGGCCUUUCUUUUGUUUUUGUUUUUGUUGUUUUUUUUUUUGGUGGUUUCACAAUAAGCAGAUAUGAGAUAGUUAUUGUGUGAUAAUUUUUGUUUUUGGAGGUCUUCUCGCUAUGACAUUGUUAUAAUUAUAAAAGAUCACAUGUUUGAAAGGCAUAAA